AUGAAGGGUCCCUGCAAGAAGGUUCAGAAGAAUGAAGAUCAAGAGGGAGAAGCUGCGGCCACUGGGCCUCAGGCGGAGACCCUGGAGGCCAAGAAGUCCUGGACUGCAAAUUCACACUCUGCUCUGGAAACAGAAGGCACCCAUGGGCUUGGAGAACGGGUCAUGGCUGACCUCUAUCUGGAGUCUUGCCGGGCCAAUAGUGUUGUGCCCGUUUCUCGUCUUCUGCGCCAAGGGAGCGCCUCCGAACUGAAUCUUCAGCACCGUGGCCUGGGGCCCCAGGGGAUCCGGGCUUUGGCUUCCACACUGACCUCUAAUCUCUACAUCAAGCGUCUGGAUCUCCGGGACAACGAGCUCGGUGGUGCUGGAGCAGAGGCUCUGGCUGACGUCCUUCGUAAGAACAGCGUUAUCUCUGAUGUGGACCUGUCGGAGAAUCAGAUUGGAGCUGCAGGGCUCCAGGCCAUCUGCGCUGCCCUCGCCUUAAACCCAACUGUUCAGAAGAUGCAGCUGCAAGGGAACAGGCUGGAGGAAAAGGCAGCCCAGCACCUCGCUGCUCUUCUGCUGCGUCACACUGGCCUGAAAUCUCUAGACCUCAGCUAUAAUCAGCUCAAUGACCUGGCAGGAGAGACACUUGGACCUGCGGUGGCAGAAAACACCGGACUCACAGAGCUUAACCUGAGUUGGAAUCACCUUCGAGGCCUGGGAGCCAUUGCAUUUGCCAGAGGCCUGGAGGCAAAUAUAUUCUUGAAGGUCCUGGACAUCUCUCACAAUGGCUUUGGAGACUCUGGCGCCUGUGCGGUAGGCGAGGCCCUCAGGGUCAACAAUGUGUUAGAAGAAUUAAAUAUGAGAAACAACCGCAUCUCCACGUCAGGAGCCCUGAAGUUGGGGUUGGGUCUUCAAGUCAACCAGACACUUCGGGUUCUGAUUAUUUCCAAGAAUCCUAUUUGCAGCGAUGGCUGUGUCGGCCUCCUUAAGUCUGUCCGGAGCAACAAAUCGUCUGGCCUAGAACUACUGGAUGUGUCUGGUAUCCAAGUAAGCAGAGAGUGCGAUGAGCUUGCCAGCUCCAUGAGCGAAGCUUUUCCAGGACUCUGUAUAAAGCACUGCACUUCCAGAAGAAAAGACUGGCCACAAGCCUCCACACGAUCCCAGCUGUCAUCUGCACUGAGUGGCUCUAGUCUCACCUCUAAUAUGCAACUUUAACAUUCACAUUGCUGCCCGUUCAGUAUGUGUAUCAACACGUGUAUCUUCCUUUCUGCUCUCUGGCAUCAUCCAUCAUCUGGCUUCAUUUGCUGUGGUUCAUUUCAUUCAACCAAAAUCUGCCCAUGAACAACACUGAACACAAGGUUAACGAUGUCCAUAUCAUCCAGAGGUUCAUGUUCCGGUGACCCUGUUAAACAAAACAUAAAGGAGAUGUGCAAAUGGAAUUCCCAAGCUCUUCUCGAAAGAAGACAAACUGCCACAACCCAUUGGAAAGCAACUGAUCGUUACAUUCCGAGUUCUAAAGUCACCCACGGGCUUCAGUCAAGUCAACUCACUAAUUUGCUCUACAGAAACAACCGGAGCUGCAUAGAAAAGCUACUGCUGAUUGGCCAGGGUGUAUGACUCAGGAGUGUUUGCCUGGCAUACAGGAAACUCUUGGUUGAUUCUACACCAUCGUAUAAA